CGCACUCGCUUCCGGGUGUGUCACGUGACCGCCGGCUGCAGCAUGGCGGCCGCGGCGGAGCAGGACAGUGGGUCAUUUGAAGACUCUACAGAUGACUCUGAGGAAGAAGAGAGCGAAGAGGAGCCCAAGCUGAAGUAUGAGCGGCUCUCCAAUGGGGUCACGGAGAUCCUGCAGCAGGAUGCUGCCAGCUGCAUGACUGUGCACGACAAGUUUCUGGCACUGGGCACACAUUAUGGCAAGGUUUAUUUACUUGAUGUCCAGGGGAACAUCACUCAGAAGUUUGAUGUAAGUCCCGUGAAGAUAAACCAGAUCAGCCUGGAUGAAAGUGGCGAGCACAUGGGGGUGUGUUCAGAGGAUGGCAAGGUACAGGUGUUUGGACUGUAUACUGGAGAAGAAUUUCAUGAGACUUUUGACUGUCCCAUUAAAAUCGUCGCUGUGCACCCGCAGUUCGUGAGAUCCAGCUGCAAGCAGUUUGUGACAGGAGGGAAGAAGCUGCUGCUGUUCGAACGCUCCUGGAUGAGCCGCUGGAAGUCUUCGGUCCUGCACGAGGGGGAAGGAAACAUCCGGAGUGUGAAGUGGAGAGGCCACCUGAUCGCGUGGGCCAACAACAUGGGUGUGAAGAUUUUUGACAUCACUUCCAAGCAGAGAAUCACCAACGUGCCCCGGGAUGACAUAAGUCUCCGCCCAGACAUGUACCCCUGCAGCCUCUGCUGGAAGGACGCAGUGACGCUGGUCAUUGGCUGGGGCACGUCCGUCAAGAUUUGCUCGGUGAAGGAGCGGCAUGCAGGCGAAGUCAGGGACCUGCCUAGUCGAUACGUUGAAAUAGUGUCUCAGUUUGAAACUGAAUUCUACAUCAGUGGACUCGCACCUCUCUGCGAUCAGCUGGUUGUGCUCUCCUAUGUGAAGGAGGUUUCCGAGAAAACGAAGAGAGAGUACUGUGCCAGGCCUCGCCUGGACAUCAUCCAGCCCCUCGCUGAGACCUGUGAAGACAUCUCUUCGGACGCUCUGACCGUCAGAGGCUUCCAGGAAAAUGAGUGCAGAGAUUAUCACCUAGAGUACUCUGAAGGGGAAUCUCUCUUCUACAUUGUGAGUCCAAGAGAUGUCGUAGUCGCCAAAGAACGAGACCAAGAUGAUCACAUUGACUGGCUGCUUGAAAAGAAGAAAUAUGAAGAAGCAUUGAUGGCAGCUGAAAUUAGCCAGAAGAACAUUAAAAGACACAAGAUUCUGGACAUUGGCUUGGAGUACAUAACCCACUUGCUGGAGAAAGGAGAGUAUGACAUCGCGGCGCGCAAGUGCCAGAAAAUUCUUGGGAAAAAUGCAGCACUGUGGGAGUAUGAAGUUUACAAGUUUAAAGAAAUUGGACAGCUUAAGGCUGUUAGUCCUUAUUUACCGAGAGGGGAUCCAGUUCUGAAACCACUCAUCUACGAAAUGAUUCUUCAUGAAUUUUUGGAAAGUGAUUAUGAGGGCUUUGCCACUUUGAUCAGGGAGUGGCCUGGAGAUCUGUAUAACAAUUCCGUGAUAGUGCAGGCAGUCCGGGAUCACCUGAAGAAGGACAGUCAGAACAGGACCUUACUGAGGACCCUGGCAGAGUUGUACACCUACGACAAAAACUAUGGCAAUGCUCUGGAAAUAUACUUAACAUUAAGACAUAAGGAUGUUUUCCAGUUGAUCCAUAAGCAUAAUCUUUUCAGUUCUAUCAAGGAUAAAAUUGUUUUGUUAAUGGAUUUUGAUUCAGAGAAAGCUGUUGACAUGCUUUUGGACAACGAAGAUAAAAUUUCAAUUAAAAAAGUCGUGGAAGAAUUAGAAGACAGACCAGAAUUGCAGCACGUGUAUCUACAUAAGCUUUUCAAGAGGGACCAUCACAAAGGUCAACGCUACCAUGAGAAACAGAUCAGUCUCUAUGCCGAGUACGAUCGACCAAACCUGCUCCCGUUCCUCCGCGACAGCACCCACUGCCCGCUCGAGAAGGCUCUUGAGAUCUGCCAACAGAGAAACUUUGUAGAAGAGACCGUAUAUCUUCUGAGCCGCAUGGGUAAUAGCCGAAGUGCCCUGAAGAUGAUCAUGGAGGAAUUACAUGAUGUUGAUAAAGCAAUUGAAUUUGCCAAGGAGCAAGACGAUGCAGAACUCUGGGAAGAUUUGAUUUUAUAUUCCAUCGACAAACCACCAUUUAUUACUGGCUUGUUAAACAACAUUGGCACACAUGUUGAUCCAAUUCUGUUGAUUCACCGUAUCAAGGAAGGGAUGGAGAUUCCCAAUUUGAGAGAUUCCUUGGUCAAAAUUCUACAAGACUACAAUCUGCAGAUUCUGCUUCGUGAAGGCUGCAAGAAGAUUCUCGUGGCUGACUCUUUGUCCUUGCUGAAGAAAAUGCACCGUACGCAAAUGAAAGGUGUUCUAGUCGAUGAGGAAAAUAUCUGUGAGUCCUGCCUUUCCCCUAUUCUUCCUUCAGAUGCUGCCAAGCCCUUCAGCAUGGUGGUCUUCCACUGCCGCCACAUGUUCCACAAGGAGUGUCUGCCCGUCCCCAGCAUGAAUUCUCCUGCGCAGUUCUGUAACAUUUGCAGCGCUAAGCACCGCGGCCCAGGAAGUGCCAUUUUGGACAUGAAAAAAUAGCCCAGUUCUUUCUCGUCCGUCGCUCCUCUAGAGACUGGUUUUGUCACGACUAAAGCCCUUGUUGACCCCAGCGUCUGUUCAGAGAUUUGUAUAUUUCUGUUGUGUCACUUUAUCUUGGCCUGACCAGUAAAGAUUUCCCCUUGAUAGAGGAGCCAGUCUCUGCCCGCCCCGCCCCCACGCCAUGAGAACACUGAAAGUUUGCCCUUUGCCCCUGCUUUAUUUGGGCAUGCAAGGGUGGGUGAGAGAUCCCCGGCCCCAUCCCCAGAGCUCCUGCCCCGCUCAGCCCCUGCCCGACUGCCGGCUCACUGCUCCGCUCUGGGUUGCUCUUCACACCCCCACCUGCUGUGCUCAUUCCGUAACAGCGUUGAUGGAGACAUGAUGCAGCGUGUCGUGUCACUCCUUGACAGUGGGGCCCCUGGGCAGGCCGACAUGCAGUUUUCUGUUGACCGAUCACACGCUGAUGUCACCUCUGUGUCUGAUGACCGGCACUGUCGGGCCUGGCAGGCCCACAGCCUUUGUGACCAAAUAAAUGUUCACUCUUCUUUGUGAAAAGAUUCGUGUUUACUGGGUCAAGCAGCUUCCGUCAAGAUUUCUGGUGUCCUCAGUAUGUCGGGGGUGUCAGCCUCCCGCGCCUGAGGUGUUUCCUCAGGCUUUCUCAGCAGGAGCAGCGUAAAGCCGUGGAGGAUUCUCAGGAGAAAUGGACUCCCCAGCAGAGGCUGGGCCUGGGGCUCCCCUGAGGCCUUCUCUGAAGCGUCUGGCCUCUUGGAGCAGUGCGCAGAGAGCGCAGGGGGAAAGGACAGAGGGGGCCUCUCUGGUGGCCGUGGGUUUCUUUGUCAUGAGCUGCACUGCCCACCUCGGAUCGGUGUGGAAGUUCCAAGCACGCUGGCCCGCGGCUCCAGUGCAUUAGGGUGAAUAAAUGGAUGACACCA